AUGAACUAUUACUGUCAUUUACAGCCCCUUGACGAAAGUGAUGAGCCUGUUGUUUCAGCUAAUGUGGUAAGUAGACUGCUUGCAGUCCGCCUUUUCUCUGAAAAUGCGUCUAGUUCUUAUCUUAUCCAGCGCUAUUUCAAACCACGACGUUAUUAUUACAAUAAGGUAUUGAUACCAGACUUACGCCCUCGUUUCUCGCGGCUCUCUGCUUUGCCGCUCGCGUGCUUAGGUUUUGCGUGUAGUAACUUUGCAAAGAAAAAUAAGAGACUGCUCGCAGUUUAAUGUGGUAAGUUGUGUGUAAUUGUAUUUUGGGGCUAAUCCACUAGAUUAGCCUUUGCUAUUUGGAUAACCCCAACUCGCUCCUUAUAUAGUGACUACAGUUUUAUUCUUCGCUUAUGUAUGAUUGUAUUUAUUUGUCUCUUUUUCUUUAUCUAUCUGAAUCACAUGUAAACGGAGCUGAGUGAAAUAAACUCCCACCCCACUGCAUUGUAGUCUAUUCUGUGGCCAAAUAUAGACCUCAUCUUAGUCACUUUUGGGAAAAGGUAAUUUUAAAGAAAUGCAUGAUCAGAUGAUCAGUCUGGAAAUUUUAGCUUGCGAAAACAACCAUUUUUCCUCGCUCCUCGCCGCUGGGGACAUUUCAUGAGGAGGAACGUUUGCAAUUCAGUGACAGAAAUUCCAUACUGAUGAUGUAAAAUCUGUCUGAUUGGGCGACGGACUAGUUACAUUGUUUUAGCUGUUGUUUACGAUUGACUGACAGACAGAAGGCUACAAAGGUCAAAUGUAAGCUUGAUGAUUCUAACACAAAAUAGUCAAUAUUAAUAAUAUUGUGGAAUUCCUCUCUAGAAGCAGCAUUUGAGUUUUGCUGGAGCUCCUUCGUGGACGAACACAACACUUUACCAAAAUCGACCAGAAGGAAUGCAAAAUUUAACAAAUUUACAUUUGGAACCCCAUGACUACCAAAUUUACGAUGUAGGCGAGGAUCAAGGUGAAACGGCUGUUUUCGCAGGCUAGGAGAAUUUGUUUGCGGUUCUGAUGACGGAUCUUAUUAGUCUUAUGGAACAUUUUUUGUAAAUACAAAAUGUGAAUCCAUUUUAUAUUGAUUGCAAUAAGCCAACUGAUAUAAAUAUAUAUAUUUUUUGUAUUUCUCUCUGAUUCAGAUUGACUGCAACAGUGACAUUUCUGAAAAAAGUGAAAAGAGGCAACUCUUAGAGUCAUGGCUGAACAAAAUAAUGAGAAUAAAGAUUUCUGAUGGAAGAACAUUAAUUGGUUCAUUUCUUUGUACUGACCGUGAUAGGAAUAUUAUUCUUGGAUCAUGUCAAGAGUUUGUAGGCUCAGCAGGUAAGUGAUAAAAUAGAGUAGUGAUAAAACUAGAGGUGAUNGGCUCUCUGCUUUGCCGCUCGCGUGCUUAGGUUUUGCGUGUAGUAACUUUGCAAAGAAAAAUAAGAGACUGCUCGCAGUUUAAUGUGGUAAGUUGUGUGUAAUUGUAUUUUGGGGCUAAUCCACUAGAUUAUCAUUUGCUAUUUGGAUAACCCCAACUCGAUCCUUAUAUAGUGACUACAAUUUUAUUCUUCGCUUAUGUAUGAUUGUAUUUAUUUGUCUCUUUUUCUUUAUUUAUCUGAAUCACAUGUAAACGGAGCUGAGUGAAAUAAACUCCCACCCCAUUGCAUUGUAGUCUAUUCUGUGGCCAAAUAUACACCUCAUCUUAGUCACUUUUGGGAAAAGGUAAUUUUAAAGAAAUGCAUGAUCAGAUGAUCAGUCUGGAAAUUUUAGCUUGCGAAAACAACCAUUUUUCCUCGCUCCUCGCUGCUGGGGACAUUUCAUGUGGAGGAACGUUUGCAAUUCAGUGACAGAAAUUCCACACUGAUGAUGUAAAAUCUGUCUGAUUGGGCGACGGACUAGUUACAUUGUUUUAGCUGUUGUUUACGAUUGAUUGACAGACAAAAGGCUACAAGGUCAAAUGUAAGCUUGAUGAUUCUAACACAAAAUAGUCAAUAUUAAUUGUGGAAUUCCUCUCUAGAAGCAGCAUUUGAGUUUUGCUGGAGCUCCUUCGUGGACGAACACAGCACUUUACCAAAAUCGACCAGAAGGAAUGCAAAAUUUAACAAAUUUGCAUUUGGAACCCCAUGACUACCAAAUUUACUAUGUAGGCGAGGAUCAAGGUGAAAUGGCUGUUUUCGCAGGCUAGGAGAAUUUGUUUGUGGAUAUUGAGGAUUAAUUAUUAAACGGUUCAGAUGACGGAUCUUAUUAGUCUUAUGGAACAUUUUUUGUAAAUACAAAAUGUGAAUCCAUUUUAUAUUGAUCGCAAUAAGCCAACUGAUAUAAAUAUAUAUAUUUUUUGUAUUUCUCUCUGAUUUAGAUUGACUGCAACUGCGACAAUUCCGAAAAAAGUGAAAAGAGGCAACUCUUAGAGUCAUGGCUGAACAAAAUAAUGAGAAUAAAGAUUUCUGAUGGAAGAACAUUAAUUGGUUCAUUUCUUUGUACUGACCGUGAUAGGAAUAUUAUUCUUGGAUCAUGUCAAGAGUUUGUAGGCUCAGCGGGUAAGUGAUAAAAUAGAGUAGUGAUAAAACUAGAGGUGAUCAUUGAUUACAGAUCUGCAUGUACCACUUACGGAAGUUUAAUUGAGUCAAAAGGAGUCCAGGUUCCCAGCCAAGAUGCCCCUGACAAAAUCAGUGGGGCAGUCGCCCACUAUACCUCGAAAAUGUGUGGCUUUGUACUAUAGGAACACCAAGAUUAGGAUGCAUUCUGACAAAUGCGACAAUGAGCAAUGAGUCAGUUAAGGGGUAACCUGCAUAGCUGACUGUUUUGAUUGUCAAGUAUGCAGAUGAGGGGUGAAGCUGCGAGAAGGAGCUGAGGAGAAGGAGGUUCACAGGUUUUUGUAGCUUUUCCCCCUCUCAUCAAACAAACCACUAGCUACACAGGCUAGAUAAGGGGAUGAUUUUCUGUGAAUCAUAGAAAGUACCCUGCUUUGCAGACGUAAUCUUAACCCCAGUUAGUAAUGUCUGUGAAGCAGUGCUGAUAUCCUUGUUCUCGCCCCUAACAGAAUCGACCAUUACUGGAAGUGCAUUUCCAAUUUCCUUUCAACCUGAUUGGCAAAUAGACAAUACCUUUUUGAACAGGCCAAUCAUGAUGCAUACUCAAAACUUGGUACACAGGUGGAGCCCCAGAAUAAGGAUUUGGGUGCUUUUUUACAGAUGACCUUAACAAGAGUUUAGUUUGGUCAGUGGUGUAGGCUACUUAGGAAGAAGCAAUAUGAUAGACUUACUGACACGGGUUUCAAAACAAGCCAGUGACUGCUUGAGUUCCGCUGGCUACUUGAGGUGAAAAAUCCAAGACAUGAAGGGUUGUUUCAUCUGAUAACUGCACACAAAGUUCCUGGUUAUUUCAAAGAGCAAGGGGCGUGUGUCUUAGACUAUCUUCUAGGUGUCUGCAGUCAUUUGUUAAGAAUGAAAUGCAGUUUUCCGGUAUUUUCAUUGAAAUUUUGGGAAGUGUCUGGAUAUGUGAUGAACCACUGAGUCUAGUGUGUGUCAAUUUCUCAAAUGAGUAAUAAUUCUUAAAGAAAUGUGAAGUCUAUUUUUGCAAAAAAAGUUUGUUGUAUACAUGAAAUGUGAUGCAUAAACUCUCAUAAGGCUGCUUAUGGUUUGCGGUGAAGUUUGGGUCAAUCAGAAGUACAGAGCAUUAUGAUGUUGAAGUGAAAACAGUGUUUGAUUCCUCUUAUGGCUCCAUUAUCUAUUUUCUUUCUUUUUUUGGUGGCAGAUGAAAAAGAGGAACCAAGAAUACUUGGGCUGGCCAUGGUACCAGGAAAACACAUUAUGUCCAUUGAAAUAGAUGAAGAAUGACUUCAACAAAGCUUAUCAUGGAAACAAACAUGCAUCAGAUAAAGAAAAAUAACCUUGAUGGUUUUAAUGUGGAAGUGUUCCACAAUACUGCUGUCAGAUGGCUCAUUUACAGUGGGGGUGAUUAUGAACUUGUUGUUCCGAUUAACUCGCUUUAAACUACAAAUUAUCAGCCUUUACUUUGGUUGCCAGGCAAGAUUGCCAGUAAACUUCUGCUAGAUCAAUAUGGCUUUGCUAGCAAGUUUCAAGCAGGUGCAUGUACUCCUGCAUGGUUUCUAUGCAUGUUCUGGGAAUACUUCAACAUGUAAAUGGUACAAGGAAAAUAACCAAUUUGCAGUAACUAAUUGGAAGAAUUAAAACUGGCCUUUUGGUGAAGAGAUAAAUCUUAUGCUACUGUUAUCAAGUAUGGCUGGGAAAAUGAUUGGAAUUUUCAGCAAGUAAUAGCAUAACCUGUGAUCAGGCGAUCCUCUUUCCUUUUUUAUUUGGGAGA